CAGUAUUCUGCCACAAGUCCGUGAGCAGGGUGCUGCAUAGGUAGUUACCAGAACAGGGCUUUGAGACCGCAUGUUGUAACUUUGGUCAAUAUAAACACCGCCCUGGAAACAUAGAUCCAAACAUCCAAGUCAAGCGCCCAAGCCAACACAGCCUGUACACUCAACAUCAGUCCACGAGAAAGCCGACCCUCUACUUCAACCAACACUCCGUUCAACAUGCAGAGCAAGACCUUUCUCAUGGCCGCCAUGGCCGGACUUGUUGCGGCACAAGACGUCAGCAAGAUUCCUACCUGUGCUAUCGGCUGCAUCAUGGACACAAACCCCCUCAGUGGGUGCCAGAGCUACCCGGUUUUCGACUUCCCCUGCCUUUGCCUCACCGGGGAAGAAUACAACACCGCGAUUGCCUCCUGCAUCGUCAAGGCCUGCACCGACUUCAACGACGUGCUUGCCAUGAUUCAGUGGAAGACCGACACCUGCGCGCUCUACGGCGUGGAGUGGCCCUGAGGGAGGAUUGGGAGAUGGGGCGAGCCACUUGUGCUUGUCAUCUAGAUAGUCUAGCUUUUGGACCGACGGUGUCCCGAAAAUACCAUAGAUUUUGCUCUGGAA